CCAUCCAAACACCCGUUUUCACCAUCACGACCCCUUUCCCCACACAAUGUCUCGCCCAAAUACAUACCGCAGACCAUCAGGCCUCUCCAUACGACCUCCAUCCCCACCUCUCCGACAAGCUUCCCAGUCUAUAACAACUCCCAUAUACCCUUCACAGUCACCCUACAACCUUUACUCACCCAGACGUAAUCCUCUCCCGCCAUCGCCCACAGUUUCUAAUGUCUCUUAUGCAAGCUCAAGCAAGGGUUCUUCAGGAGUUGGUAUAGAUAUGCCGCCACCGUUGCCGGUGAAAAGCGACAAGAGGCUGCCUGCUCCACCACCGCCGGGAGGAAGCGUGCUUGGGAGCCCAUAUAGAGGUGGGAAGGCUGCACGAACGGUGGGUGCAGGAGCGUACGAUAAUAAGCUAGUCUCUUCAACGCUUUCUCAUCUCCCUCCUCUCCCGCCGUUACCUUCCCCAAACCAUUCUUCGUCCCAGACCCAUUCUCUUCACCCACCUUCUCACUCGUCUACCAACCUUGUCGUCUUUCCGGAUGGAACGCCACUCACUGACCAUUCGCAAUCCCAUGGUAUAACAGGCCAUGAACCGUUGAUGGGUCGGGUGGCUGAGAAUAUGACGAUGGCACAUACCAGUCCCAGCAGUCCUUGGAGUUUGUUAACGGUUCAUGUGUUACCGUUGUUUGCGGGCAGUGCUCUGAAGACGCCUCUAGAGGAUCUUAAUCAACUAUGUCAUUCCCAUAUAGUCACCACAUCCCAAAGGUCACCGCCAGCCCGCAUUGUAGCUCUUUUAUCGUCGGAUUUACGCGAAUUUAUUGCAUCGGGCAUGCUGACGCUUAAGGCCAAAUUUGACACAUUAGAAGAGAGCAAAGUCGUCAGUCGAGCGGCCGAGGUCUGGAGCUUUUUCUGGGCACAAGUACUUCCCUACGUGGAAGGGGUCUUCUUGCCUUUUACCCAAUUACGAGAUGUCCCCACGAAUGCCUCAUCCAGCUCCACCACAGCGAAUAAUACAACAUUGGCAUUAUCUCCUAUUCCUGUUCGACAUCUCCUUCUCUCCGGGUUCCUGUUACAUAUCCUUCUUCCUCUUCUACCUCGCCUCAUGCCUUUGAUCAUGCCUCAACCUUCAUCCCCUUUCCCCCAUCCUGUUAACCCUCCAUUGCCUCAAGAUCUCUCCAGGAUUCUUCAAAUGUCUCUUGUUCUUUCCACCCAAGCCAAAUACUCGAGCUUUUGUCCUCCGUCCUCCUCAUCAGUCUCUGUUGGCAGGGACGAAGAAGUUCGAAACAAUGUGGAGAGCCUAGGACAGGCUGUUCGCUAUCGAAAUCAGCAGAGUGAAAUGGAGCAAGCAGCCGCCAUGGCGGGCAGUGCAGCUGGUUCACCAGCUGGGACUCCUGGCAGUGGUAGACACGGACAAUGGACGCCUUCCCCUCGUAGCAGUCUGGGAUUACAGCAUAGACCCUCUAUCGGCCAUGCAGGCAGGUAUAGGCGUCGAGGAUGGCGAGCAUCUAGUUAUAUGGGCCAGCUUGCCCUUGGACCCAAUGAUGGAUCCGGUCCUGUGUCUCGUCAAAAUUCUACGUUUGCCGAUGGUCAACAAGACCAUUGGUGGGGUCGUCCAAUGGAUGAAGACGACGAAGAUGACGACAUGGAAGAGACGACGCCCAAUUCUAACGUCGCCCCCGCUGGCGCUGGCGCAGGUUCCGGUCCUGGAGGGCGGAGGAUGCGAGGGGAGACGACCGAUUCGUACGAUAACGGGUCAUUGCACAUCACAGGAUCGAUGAUGAGCGGGCAAACGACGUCAUCGACUACGACGGGAAGUUCAACAUUGACUGCCGGAUCGACAGCGACCGUUGGGGGACCGAUAGUGCGAGGAGAGAGUUUAGCAAGUUAUGGGGAAACACCAACGCCUUCGGCAAAUGUGUUGAACGGCACUGGGAGGAAUGGAGGAGAGAUUAUGUAUGGUAGGUAUGGUGGGUCAUAGGAAGGUGGUGGUGAUUCUUCAUAGGAGCCUUUUCGGCGAGCUGUAGCAUAUAUGGACAAAAUGGGCUUGCUGGCCGGCCUGGUAUCAAUGUUGUAUGCAUGUGUC